CUAAUCGUCGUUGUCUUGUCAUUGUAUUACCUGAUGAACUUUCUGAACUGCGGUGAAAUCUCAACAAAAUUCCUGUCAGAAGGAUAUCAUGUGGAUGCCAUUGGAAUUUGGAAUGGAGGUGCCACCAGUAACUUUUGGCAGAACCUCCUUCUCCCCGCAGGGCACCUCGGUGAGCCGGCUCGGAAGGUUGAAUUUGUCAUCGAGCUUUGUACCGCAGAAAGACCGUCGAUACCCCCUCCCGCGACGGCAGGACACUGGCACAGGUGUCACAAUGAGAUGUGAUGCUGUCUUAGGGUUCGUGACUGGUGCUUACCCCACGGAAGGACCUGUGUGGCGCAGAGGAAUGGAAGCCAUAGAUGCACGGUGCUCAGGAGACAUUCCUUUCUUACCAUCAUCGCGUCCGACAGAGCUUGUCUGACCGGCUUCUUGCUUUGACCCCGGCUUUUGCCUUCAGGCUGCCUUGCAUAUUGUACCUUUUGUAUCUUUAGGGAUUCUUAUUGCCAUAUCCCAUCUUCCACUCGUUUGAAAGCCGAUACUUUUUAUUAUAACAAUCUCGAGGUACCAUGGACGUCGACACCUCAACAACUGAGCUCGUGAUGAGCUCUUCCGCCACCUCCGAGAAAUCCAUUCCAAUUCAGGAAUUGCAGGUGCCUGCUGUCGUUGUACCUGAUGGAGGCGCACGGGCUUGGGCAUCUGUUGCCGGAGGGUGGAUUAUUGCAUUCUGCACCGUCGGUUAUGCGCAGUCAUUUGGUGUAUUUGAAGACCUGUACACUCUUGCGGGGGCCUCGACGGCGACAAACAUAGCAUGGAUUGGAUCGUUUCAACUCUUCAUGGCAUUCGCCAUGGGUCUACCCGCCGGUAAACUCUUCGAUGCUGGAUAUUUUCACCAUCUCCAAAUCGCGGGCGGUCUGCUAUUCGUCUUUUCUCUAUUUAUGCUUUCUCUCGCUGAUACUUCAAAGUUCUAUCAAAUAUUCCUCUCGCAAGGCGUUGGAGUCGGUCUCGGUAGCGGCCUCAUUUUUCUGCCGUCUCUCUCAGUACAAGCCCACCAUUGGAAAGAACGUCGAGCUCUUGCCAUGGGUAUCGUCAUGACUGGAGCGUCAGUUGGAGGGAUUGUACAUCCUAUCAUGCAUAAUCAGCUCUUUCAUGGCUCAACCGGUUUUACUUGGACUGUGCGUGCCUCUGCCUUCAUGACUCUUGGCCUUCUAGUUAUCGCAAACUGCCUCAUGACGACAAGGUUGCCACCGAAGAAGAAUGCACCGAAACCACCCAUUGGCGAGGUCUUCUCUAAUCGGGCAUUCAUGAUUGUGGCAGUUGGGUGCUUCUUGGUCUUCUGGGGUUUCUAUUUCCCCUACUUCUACCUCCAGCUUUUCGUUGACAUCCAUGGCCUGGAUCGCACGUUCGCCUUCUACACUCUUGCGAUCCUUAACGCAGGAUCCAUUCUGGGACGCUUGAUACCCAACUUGCUCGCUGAUCGAUAUGGUAACCUGAACGUUAUGAUACCGAUCUGUUUCGUCAAUGGUAUCUUGGUCUUCGCGAUGUUCGGCGUAAAAAGCAUAGCAGGGGCUGCAGUAUUUAGUCUGUUAUAUGGGUUUACUUCUGGAUCAUUUAUCAGUCUCAUUCCCCCACUUAUCGGAGCGUUCUCGCCAGAUAUUAACAAGAUUGGCAUCUACAUGGGUGUUGGAUUCUUUAUCACAUCAUGGGCCAGUUUGACGGGCACACCUAUUAGUGGCCAACUUCUCGGAACGCACUUUGCUUGGUGGAAACCAAUCGUAUUCAGUGGUGUGGUCAUGCUCGCCGGAACUGUAUUCGUGAUUGCGGGACGCUUACUUGUAGUUAAGGAGAGGGGGACAUGGAGAGUUUGAGCCUCGGCUCCGUGUUGGUACUUUGUGUUGUCGCUGCCUUACUUCAAACAGCUUGCGGACAUUCGGUGUUUUCUUUACUCAUGACUGACGUGCACGGUCGAUUGUACUAUAGUUCAACUUAUGCAUACUUAUAAAGCUUGUUUGUUCAUUUCCUCACGAGUG